ACCCCCAAGCUGCCAGUGCAGCAGUCAGAGUGGCAGCCAGAGGCUCAGUCCAUGCCGUGCCCCCUGGACGGUGCUGGCGAGGCUGAGCAAGAGGCCUCCGCAUCUCGAUACCUAGGAGCGCAGGGACGGAGUAUCACCAGGGUAGAGGACCAUGCUGCGCCGUAAGCCCUCCAAUGCCAGCGAGAAGGAGCCCACUCAGAAGAAAAAGCUCUCGCUUCAGCGCUCCAGCAGCUUCAAAGAUUUUGCCAAAUCCAAACCCAGCUCCCCAGUGGUGAGCGAGAAGGAAUUUAAUCUGGAUGAUAAUAUUCCAGAAGAUGACUCAGGUGUUCCGCCCCCAGAGGAUGCUGGGAAGAGCAGCAAAAGGCUGGGGAAGAAGUGGAGGGCCGUGAUUUCCCGAACCAUGAACAGGAAGAUGGGCAAGAUGAUGGUGAAGGCCCUGUCGGAGGAGAUGGGAGAUACUCUGGAGGAGGGCUCAGCCUCCCCGACGUCUCCAGACUGCAGCCUGGACAGCCCCGGCCCUGAGAAGAUGGCGCUGGCCUUUUCUGAGCCAGAGGAGAGGCAGCUCCCAGCACUCAGCCGCCAGGCAUCCACAGGCAGUGAGCUCUGCAGCCCCAGCCCAGGCUCUGGCAGCUUCGGGGAGGAACCACCUGCCCCCCAGUACACAGGGCCCUUCUGUGGCCGGGCACGAGUCCACACCGACUUCACUCCCAGCCCGUAUGACCACGACUCACUGAAACUGCAGAAAGGAGAUGUGAUCCAGAUCAUCGAAAAGCCGCCUGUGGGCACGUGGCUGGGCCUGCUCAAUGGCAGGCUGGGCUCUUUCAAGUUCAUCUACGUGGAUGUGCUGCCCGAGGAGGCUGUGGGACCUGCCCGCCCCAGCCGCCGACAGAGCAAGGGCAAGAGGCCCAAGCCCAAGACUCUGCAUGAGCUGCUGGAGCGCAUCGGCCUUGAGGAGCAUACGUCCACCCUGCUGCUCAAUGGCUACCAGACGCUGGAGGACUUCAAAGAGCUGCGGGAAACACAUCUCAACGAGCUGAAUAUCAUGGACCCACAGCAUCGGGCCAAGCUGCUCACGGCUGCAGAGCUGCUGCUGGACUACGACACCGGCAGCGAGGAGGCGGAAGAGGGCGCCGAGAGCGGCCAGGAGCCAGUGGCGCACACGGUGGCGGAGCCCAAGGUGGACAUCCCACGUGACUCGGGCUGCUUCGAGGGCUCAGAGAGCGGGCGCGACGAAGCAGAGCUGGCAGGUGCCGAGGAGCAGCUACACGGCCUCUCCCUGGCCGGGGCACCUUGAGGCGGCAGUGUGGGCCGAGGCUGGGCCUGAGCAGCCCAGGCCGCGGGGCUGGACCCAGCCUUCCGCGGUGGCCCCGGGCCGGAGGACUGGCACCGAGCCUGGCCCCGCUCCCCCAGGGGUGCCUAGGUCAGCAGAGGCCGGCCGAGCCCUACAGGCACGGCUGGAGUGCACGACAAGCCAAGACAAGCCGCCUAAGCCGGGCCGCCUCCCUCCACCAGCUACUUGACAGCACAGCCCUUCCAGCUGCGGCCGGAGCAGGGGGGGCACUGAGGGGCCACCAGGCCCAUGCCCCUCACCACCAAGGCCUCCAAACCGUCCUUGCCUCCACACC